GAGGAAACCUUCCUGGCUGGACAGUAACCUGAGGAAAGAUGGAUGGAUGUUCUUUCAGCAGUAUUUCUGGGCCCUCCACCUUCCCCGUCCUAACAGACACAGCACCAGAUGGACACAAGUCGUGUGACUCUGGAUUUCAGAGCCAGCGCUGGCCAGCCGGUCCCCAGGACCCCUCUCAAAGCAUGCCACUGCUGGAAAGGGUGGAUGCCCAGCAGGGUCCAAAAACCACCAUGGACAUCGAAACAGCUGCAGAAAAGUCCAACAAAACACAGACUUGGACGGUGGAAAGUUGGAGGCAAUUCUGCAGAGCCGUGAACUAUGUCACUGGGGAUAUGAAAGCCUUUGGAGACUGGCUGAAAGAUAAGCCUCUCCUGUUCCAGUUCCCUGUCUGGAUCUUGCGAGGUAUCUCUCAAGUGAUGUUUGUCAACAAUCCGCUCAGCGGUCUGAUCAUGCUUGCUGGGUUCCUGGUCCAGAGCCCUUGGCUGACACUCACAUGUUGUGUAGGUGUCGUUGUCUCAACCGUAACAGCACUUAUCCUACGCCAGGAGAGGUCAGCCAUCACAGCAGGACUGCACAGCUACAACGGGGUCCUGGUCGGGAUGCUCAUGGCCGUGUUCUCAGACAAGGGUGACUACUAUUGGUGGCUUCUGCUUCCCGUUGGUCUCAUGUCCAUGACCUGCCCUCUUUUCACAAGCGCUUUAGGGUCACUCCUCAGCAAGUGGGACCUGCCGGUGUUCACGCUGCCCUUCAACCUGGCUCUGAGUCUCUUCAUAGGCGCCACCGGCCACUACAACCCCUUCUUCCCCACGGCACGAAUUCAGCCCAUUGCCUCAGGACCCAACACCACCUGGUCAGAGGUCCAGGUGUCUUUGCUGUUGCAGUCUAUCCCCGUAGGGGUUGGGCAGGUGUACGGCUGCGACAACCCUUGGACUGGAGGCAUUAUUCUGCUGGCUGUGUUCAUCUCGUCCCCUCUCAUCUUCAUGCACGCUGUGAUUGGCUCAGCAGUGGGAGUGCCUGCAGCACUGAGCCUGGCCGCUCCUUUUAGCAAAAUUUACUCUGGCUUGUGGAGUUACAACAGCUGCCUCUCUUGCAUCGCAAUAGGGGGAAUGUUCUUCGCCUUCACCUGGCAGGCGUUUUUAUUGGCCAUAGCUUGUGCCCUGUUUACUGCUUAUGCAGGAGAAACACUGGCUAAUAUGCUUUCUGUGUUUGGAAUGCCAUCCGGGACCUGGCCGUUCUGUUUGUCUUCACUUACCUUCCUGCUGUUCACCACCACCAAUGAAGCCAUCUACAAACUUCCCCUCUCCAAAGUCACCUACCCAGAGGCCAACCGGAAAUACUACCUGUCGAGAAAGGAGCAAUGUCCCAAAUCCAGCUGCCAUGUGUAGCUGGAAACUGCAUCACGGGCUUUCUCUCAUCGCUGCAAGAGAAGCAGCAUCUGCACUUCCCAAGGAAGAAAAAGAAGUAGACGAAAUGGACACAAACCAGUCCAUAUUCAAAGGGCACUCUGGUUCACUUUGUGCUGUAAAUAACUUUCCGCAGAUCAGAAAGGUUUGGACUUUGGCAUGCCCUUCAGUCAGAAGUGAAUGCACCCCCCAGUUCACGUGGAGUGGCGCAUAACAUUUAUGAAACAAACAGGUGCUUAGAUCCAAGGUGUCCAACUGAAGGCUCACUGGCUGAAUCUGGCCCUUGAAGCAUCACUAUCUGAUGCCUUCGAGAUUUAAUCACAGUCUAGCUCAUGCUUUCUUAUAUGUAAAUACUUUGAGGCUAUAAUGUAACUGAGCAGACCAGAGAUGUAGUAGAGUCUGGACAUUUGUGGACAUAUGAAGGCUGUCCAGUGGGAGAAAUUAGCUUUGUUUUGGUUGGUCAGUGGGCAACCAAGAGGACUGGCACUUAGAAGUCCCAUAAGAAGCAUGAACAGCCAAGAGAUUUAGGAAAAGGUCUAGGAGAGGCUAAUUACACAAGACAGCCAGCCCAGGUGGCCAGAAGUAGAUCUUCUGAUCUUCUGGCCUUCUACUCCCAGCAUUCCUGGCCAUUGGUCUUGCUAGCAGGCACUUCUGGGAUUGGAAGUCCAAACUAUCUGCAGAACUGCCUUCUGUCCACCCCUGAGCUCGACAGUGGAUGACAGGGAGCUGGAAUUACCAGCAGGGAAAGGGGAGAAAGGGCAAAGAAGGCCGUGUCCUUUCCAUUCCUAGUAAUAUGGGAUUGGCUUUAGUAGAGCUUAGGGGAAUUGGAUCUGGGAGGAAACAGAUUGUCAGCUUAUUAGCAGAGAAGGCUCUCUUAUUAGAUACGGUAACUAAGGAUAUUUAAUUUAAGCAUGUUUAAGCAUCCCAUCCUAUGAUCUGAAGGACACUCCAUCCCCUUAUGUAAAUAAACCUCUUCAUAAACCUCUUA